AUGAGUAAUGCCUUAAGCAGGAGCUCUACCCCCAAUAAUUACAAGAGUAUGCAUGAUGGAAUGAGAAGCUCUUCAUGCAAUGAAACUGGGCAUAGUGUUGACCAAGUUUCAUAUCUCGUGAAAGAACAGGGACAUCAAUUUUCAGAUGAGAAUUCUGAACAUAAUAAGUGUAGGGAUAUAUUUUAUCAAAGCUCAAAUCUUACUAUUGAUACUUAUAAGAGUAUUGAUGUUGGAGAGAAGACUUAUAAUUGUUAUGAUUAUGGUAAAGUUUUUAACCAGUCUUCAAAACUUAUUCAGCAGCAGAAUAUUCAGAGUAAGCAGAAACACUGCAAGUGUAAUACAUGUGGAAAAGUCUUUAGUAACUCACCAAAUCUAAGUAGACAUAGGAAAAUUCAUACAGGAAGGAAAGAUUUCAAAUGUUCAACAUGUGGCCAAACCUUUAAUCAGAGUUCAUAUUUAACUGAACAUCUGCGAAUCCAUACUGGGCAGAAACCAUACGAAUGUACAGAAUGUGGCAAAGGCUUUAACUGCUGUUCAUGUGUUACUCAACAUCAGCAAAUUCAUACCAGGGAGAGAGCUUAUAAAUGUACAGCAUGUGGGAAGGCUUUUAAGAAGAGUUCAACUUUAACUCAACAUCAGCGAAUCCAUACUGGGGAGAGACCUUAUAAAUGUACAGCAUGUGGCAAGGCGUUUAACCAGAUUUCAAGUUUAACUCUACAUCAGCGAACCCAUACUGGGGAGAGACCUUAUAAAUGUACAGCAUGUGGCAAGGCUUUUAAGCAAAGUUCAGCUUUAACUCCACAUCUGCGAAUCCAUACUGGUGAGAGACCAUAUAAAUGUACAGCAUGUGGCAAAGCCUUUAUCAAUUAUUCACUUCUUACUCAACAUCAAUGAAUCCAUACUGGGGAGACACCUUAUAAAUGUGCAGAAUGUGGCAAAGCCUUUAUCAAUUAUUCACUUCUUACUCGCCAUCAACAAAUUCAUACUGGGGAGACACCUUAUAAAUGUACAGCAUGUGGCAAGGCUUUUAACCAGAGUUCAACUUUAACUCAACAUCAACGAAUCCAUACUGGGGAGAGACCUCAUAAAUGUACAGCAUGUGGCAAAGCCUUUAUCCGUUAUUCUUUUCUCACUCGACAUCAACGAAUCCAUAGUGGGGAGAGACCUUAUAAAUGUACAGCAUGUGGCAAGGCUUUUAAGCAGAGUUCAAAUUUAACUCAACAUCAGCGAAUCCAUACCGGGGAAAGACCUUAUAAAUGUACAGAAUGUGGCAAAGCCUUUAACCAUUAUUCAUUUCUUAUUCAACAUCAACGAAUCCAUACUGGGGAGAGACCUUAUAAAUGUACGGACUGUGGCAAAGCCUUUUCCCAGAGUUCAGGUCUUUCUCGACAUCAGAGAGUUCAUGCUGCAGAGAAAUGUUAGAAAUGUAAGGAAUGUGGCAAAGGAUUUCCUCACAGCCAUCACCUCACUCACAAUCAGAGAAUUCAUACUGCAGAGAAACCCUAGAAAUGAAUCAGUGAUAAAAAAAAAAUUUGGUCCUAAAUAUACAAUUUUGAAAAAAACCAGAGUUUUCUUUGGAAAGGUACAUGAAUGAAAUAGAAAAAUGUAGAAAACUGCUUAAUCAAACGUAACUCAGUACCAGAGAAUUCAUACUAGAAAGCAUUUCAUUAGUACCACUUUUGUUGAAUUACUCAAAGCAGAAACACUGUAGCAAGUAUUCCAUAAGUAAAACACAUACAAAAUUGAUAUGUUAGUAUGGAUCACAAGAUGAAGGGGUGGAUAUUUGCAGAGGUAUAAUUAUUAUUAAUGUAUCCUUGUUUAUGUUAAUGUUAUUUGAGAUUAUUAAGGAACGAAAAGGAAUGUAUUUCAACUCUCAAAUUACUACAUGCUGUGAUUUGUUUCUACUGUAUAUAUGAACUUAUGUUUUUGAUGGUUGUUGCGCAAUGGUAAGAGAAGCCCUUCUAUAUGAAGUGGGAAUCAUUUACAUUUAUUCUCCAAUUUAUAAGAUUAAGAACACAGUCAUGUUAUAUACACACUAAACCUCUGAAUGGAGGUAUUUGUCACUGAUGUCAAACACCUCUGUGGUCACCAUGAUGUAAGUGAUCAGGGAAUAAUUCAAAGUAAGACAGAAGUUUGCUCUAAGUUUUCAAUAAUUAUGUCAGUUGCUUUUUAAGCAUAAAACAAGGAUAGUUCAUGAAAAUCUAAGGUAUUUUUAUAACAGCAACAUAGAGAAAUCAUGCAUAUUAUCUGGCAGGGUUGAAGUAAAGACACCUCUUCUAUCUGAUGUAAGUGUAGAAAACUCUGGAAAAGUCAUAUUAAUAUAAUUAAUGUCCAUCCAUGUUUACUAAAUUAGCCUCCAUUUUGUAAACCAUAUCAAUCACAUUCUCAGAUCAUUUCAUCAA